AUGCUCCGCAACAUCCUCGCGCAGAAGAGGCACGGCAGUUUGCUGCCGCGCUCGAAAGUGGUGGAACAGAAGCGCAGGAAAGCGCAAGAGAGGACAAUUGUUUCCAGGUUGAACGUAGCGGAAAUAGACAUUCCGAUUGACCAGUACAGACGCGUGGAGUUUUUAGAGCUGCAGGCUCCCGAGAGGAUCAUGGGGAAGAAGUACUUGGACCGGGUCUGCGUUCGCAGCUUGCUAGAUGCGGGGCAACCCACCACAUCUCGACUUCUUCAGAGAGCGCGACGAUUCUUUACAAUCUCGACGGACGUGGUUCAGUUCUGGAUUCUCCAGAGCAACAAACUGGACACGCUGCACAGCAUUCGAAUAGACGGUGGGUGUGCGCGGCGAAGAAGACUUAGUCUUUCCGCGGAGUUGAACUUGCACUGGCCAGGCCUGCGGGAAGCCGGCUUGUGCCAGCAGUGCACUGAGGCGAACUUGCUGGUGGUGUGUCCUUCGCAGUUCCCGCACAGUGAGUCGCGCGCACUUGUCUUUCCGCAACCCCGUGUGCACUUCGCCGCAGAGAAGAGCGAGGCCUUUGCCCAGGGCAGCGCCGACGUGGCCUUCGUGAGCGCCCUGGAGUUCCACACUGCGAAGCUUCCCGGGGGCUCGCCCAAGAGCCUCCCCGCUGUGGCGGCUGUGGGCGAGCGGCCCGACGCGCCCACCAAGCGGGGCCUCAGGGCCUCGGGGAACUCCCGACUUCUCUUCUUUUCCAUGGAAGACGGCGAGUUCGUCGGCAGCGUGCCGUCGCACCUCUGCGGCGAAAACGUCGAAGUCCUGCAGCUUUCUGCGGAGAGCAUGGCUUCCUGGGCGACGGAGGACGCAGCAGCUUCCUGGGUCGAAGUCUCGGAGGCCGCGGGCGUGCGACUCGAAGUUGGCGACUUCGCAAAGUCCCCGACUCCCCACUGCCCCCAAAUUCCCCCUCAAACCCCAGUUAUGCCGCUCGCCCGUCGCGAGUGCGGGCUGGCCGCGGGCGAGGCCCCGGAGGAUCUGAAGGAGAACUUCUCCAACUUCGAGGCUUCUUCGCGAGAAGAGGCCUCCGGCGAUCUUCGCCGCAGAAGCAAACGCACUUUGCUUUCCGGCUUCGACCCUCCUGCCGACGGCAGGAAGAGGACCACGCGGCUGCUCUGA